AUGGCCGAUGGUGAGGGCGACCCCGGCGUGUUCACGGCCACGGCCCUGCCCGGGGACCCGCGGCUGCUGCCCACGGUGACCAGCGCCUUCCUGGGCACCCGCGUGUUCCGGGACAUCCUGCACGCCGCCGGCGUGUACAGCGGGGCGGCGGGGGACACGCACCGCGCCGAUGUGCCCAGCCCCCUGGGGCUGCGCAUGGCAGCGCCCGGAGCCCACAGCCCGGAGGAGAGCUUCGCCCUGGACACCUGGACAGGGACCUUCAGCCAUAGGAUUCAGUCCCCUGGCUACACGGCCACGCACCAGCUCUACGCCCACCACUCCCUGGUGCACCUGAUGGCCUUCAGCAUCACCAUCCGGCGCUUGGAUGGCUCCACGCAUCCCGUCACCGUCCAGCUCCGGAGCCUGUUCGUGCCGCAGAGCCGGGACCUGGACUUGACCCCAGGGCCAGACUUCCAGGGAGCGCACUACAUCUACGGGCAGACGCUGGUUCCCGAGGUGGAGGGGGGCCCCCGUCCCGCUGUCCACAUGCUGUGGACCCCGAUCCCGCAGUCGCUGACGCUGGGCGGGCAGGAGCGGGAGCGGUGCUGGGAGUUCCUGACGGCCGUGGCCGGGAGCGAGGAGGAGGCGAAGCGCAGCUACAGCGCGGGGCUGGCCCUGGCGGCCGCGGGCUCCCUGCACCGCUCCCACGUCCGCGCCUGGGCCGCGCUGCGCCGGGGCUGCUCCGUGGAGCUGGACGGGCCCCCGGCCCUGCGCCAGGCGCUGCACGGCUGCCUCUACUACCUGCUGAGCGCCAUCCCGCCCCGGGACAGCCCGGGACUCCUGUUCCACGGCAUCAGCCCCGGCGGCUUGUCCAACGGCACCCGCGGCGAGGACUACUGGGGACACGUCUUCUGGGACCAGGACACCUGGAUCUUCCCGAACAUUCUGCUGCUGUGUCCCGAGGCUGCCCGCGCCAUCCUGCAGUACCGGAUCCGCACGCUGGAGGGCGCCAGGCGCAACGCGCAGGAGCAGGGAUACGAGGGCGCGAAGUUCCCGUGGGAGAGCGCAGCCACCGGCCGGGAGGUGUGUCCUGAGGAGAUCUACGGAGCCCAGGAAAUCCAUGUCACCGGAGAUGUCCUGAUGGCCUUCGAGCAGUAUUACUGCACCACGCAGGACCAGAAGCUGUUCCGGGAGGACGGGGGCUGGGAGCUGGUGGAAGCCGUGGCUCAGUACUGGUGCAGCAGGAUGGUGUGGAGUGAGGAGGAGCAGCUCUACCACAUCAGAGGUGUCAUGCCCCCAGACGAGUACCACAGCCAGGUCGAUAACUCUGCCUACACCAAUGCCGUGGCGCGGCGCAGCUUGAACUUUGCCACUGACAUGGCUCGGGACCUGCUGCUCCCGGUGCCAGAGGAGUGGGAGGACCGUGCCAGGAAAAUCAAAGUGCCCUUUGAUGAGGAGAGGAAGUAUCACCCUGAGUACGAUGGCUACAGCCCAGGUGAGCCGGUGAAACAGGCGGAUGUGGUCCUGCUGGGGUUCCCACUGAUGCAUCCCAUGAGUGCCGAGGUCCGGAGGAACGACCUGGAGAUGUACGAGCCCGUCACUGACCCGGCCGGGCCAGCCAUGACCUGGAGCAUGUUUGCCGUGGGCUGGCUGGAGCUGAAGGAGGUGCAGAGAGCCCGGAGCCAGCUGGAAAAGUGCUUCGGCAACAUCACGGAGCCCUUCAAGGUCUGGGUGGAGAACUCGGACGGGUCGGGAGCUGUGAACUUCCUGACGGGAAUGGGUGGAUUCCUGCAGGUCAUCCUCUUUGGCUUCACGGGGUUCAGGAUCACAAGGUCCGGCCUCCUCUUUGAUCCCGCCUUUCCCGACGAUAUCACCAAGCUGAAAGUCUCCAGCGUCUCCUACUUGGGCAACAAACUGGAGGUCACCAUCACCAGGGAGGAGAUCAGGAUGGAAGUGACUGAGGCCUCCUGGGACCAUCCCCUGGAAGCUGUGCUGGGGUCGGGACAGCGCUUUCCCCUGUGGGAAGGGCAGAGCGUCUCCUUCCCCACAGCACCCGGACGGAUCCAGAGGUCACCCAGCAGGACCCCCUGAACCCUGGCUGCUCCAGGUGUUGCCCACUGGAUCGGGAAAUCCGGGGUGUUGGUGGAGGGGGUAGGCAGCAGUGGGUGGAAAGGGGCUGCCAGGCUGUGCCAGGAGGCCUUCGCCCCUCCUGUCCCUGUGUGCCACCUGUCCCUGUGUGCCACCUGUCCCUGUGUGCCACCUGUCCCUGUGUGCCGCCUGUCCCUGUGUGCCACCUGUCCUCGUGGCCCCGGGAGCAGUCAGUGGCUGGAGCUGUCACCACAUCUGAGCCCCCUGCUCCCCUCCACACCUUGGCACGGGAGAGGAAACCAAGCCUGGAAGGUGACCAUUUCAAAGGUCUGGAGUUGUUUAUGCUCUCGACAUGUUUGUGUUUUAAGGAAGCCUGUUCCUGACUCCAGGAUCCUGUCUCCAGCUCCUCCAGCAUGUCCUGCCCUGUUCCUCACCUUCCCCUUGGGUUGCUCCCUGUGCUCAAGGAGCUGUGGAGGUUCAGCCACUGCUAUUUCACCAGAUGGAUGAUGUUCUGGCACUAAAUAUUACUCCAAAAUAUGCAGCCAAAAGCCUUUUAACCCCGUCCCCGGGGCCCCGUGCGGAGCAGCCCCGGGAAUGCCGAAGGCGUUCCCUGCCCCGAGGGGUCUCUCCUGGCCAAACCAACCCCAGGAAUCUCGGCCCGGUUUAUAAAAAGCCCCGUGCCCCGAAGCAUCUGGGAAUGCUUAGGGCUGGAGCAGGGACUCUCCCGCUGCCGUGUAAUUACUUGGGUCCUGCUCCGGCCUCAUCAGAGCCACCAGCCGCUAAUUAGCGGCGGCUCUUGGCACGGCGAAGGGACCGUGCUGUCCCCAGCCCUGCGCACUGCGCCGGGACUGGGAAUUUGGAUGGGGCUGGGAUACAGUCUGUGCCAGGGCUAGCUGGCAGUAAAGGGUGUUUAUCCUCAAGAAUGGGGUCCUUUAUUCCCAAAACGAGCCAUCUCCAGCCCGGGCAGAGGGAGCCGGGAGCAGUGGGGGUGCAUCCCACCUGCCCCCACGUCCUGGCCGGGGUUGGCUGGGAAUGUCUGUGUCGCUGCAAUGAGUUUGCAGGUGUCAGCCUCCCUUUGGGGGGGCGAGAGCACACCCCAUUUGCUGCAUCCUGCCCCCGCCAGGCCCAGGAGCGUCUCUGCUUCCUCCCCUCCUCGGUGCCGGGGGUCCCGGUGGCCAGAGGUGGCCCUAAAGGCUUUGGGAAUGACGGUGUGUCCUGGCUGCUGGGAGCCCGAUCGGACCCAAAAAUCCCUAUUUUUUCCCCCUAUUUUUUCCCCCUAUUUUUUUCCCCUAUUUUUUUCCCUAUGGCACCCCCCCCUUCCACCCCUUUCCACACGCAGAAACUGGCGCUGUGUGAAGCGUUUAAUGAUUCAAAAUAGCGACCACGGAAGCUGGGGCUUCACACGGGAUAACGGGAGGUAAAAAAAAGCCCGCAGGA